AUUUCAAUCCUAGAAGCACGUUAAGUCCAAUGCUUGUCUUGGAGAGGAAGCCGGAAAAAAAGAAAAGCACAAGUUGAUAUGAAGGGCCCAUAGAUUAACGGGAAAAACCCAACCGCAACCCCCAGAAUCUCCAAAAAAAGUCAACUCCAUACUCUGUACACGUUAUCCGACAACAUUCGAAUCCGGACAUCAGGUUUAGAUCAGUAUCAGAACAGUACGGGAGAGAGAUAGAGAGAGUAGAGAGCGAAAGCGGAAGAUGGAGGGGAUGGUGCUACCGAAGGAGUACGGAUACGUGGCUCUGGUGCUCGUCCUCUACUGCUUACUCAACUUCUGGAUGGCUGCCCAAGUUGGCAUGGCUCGCAAGAAGUACCAGGUGUUUUACCCGACUCUCUAUGCCUCCGAAUCCGAGAACAAGAACGCCAACCUCUUCAACUGUGUCCAGAGAGGGCACCAGAACUCGCUGGAGCUGAUGCCCAUGUUCUUCAUGCUGAUAAUGGUUGGGGGGCUGAGACACCCGUGCGCUUGCGCUGCUCUCGGAGUCCUUUACAUCGUCUCUCGCUUCUUCUACUUCACAGGCUACGCCACUGGCGAUCCCAAGAAGCGCCUCAAGAUCGGGAAGUACGGGUUCUUGGCGAUUCUGGGGCUGAUGGUCUGCACCAUUUCCUUUGGAGUCGGCCUUCUUCGUGGAGGCGAACCUCGCACCAUGUUUUAGACUCUGUCUCCGCUCUGUUGUUGUCUUGUACUGCUUGUCGACAGAAGAUGUUUCAUUUGGUUUUGCUUUUUUGGCAUGUUAAGAGAGGAUGGAAUGGAACAAUAAUAACAGUUUGUUAGCUAGAGUGCUAGCACAGUUUGACUUCAGUUUGAACCGGUCGUCAUGUAGCUUUUUGAAGAUUAAACCAAUGAGACGAGUUUGGCUUUUCCCUUGUUGGA